AAUGUUGCUUGAAAAACUUUCCAAGAAAUGUUUUCGACUUAGAAAAUUAAUGAUUUGUUGUAAUAUUUCUGACUUGUCACCUAAUGAGUUUGUCCAAUUAAUCCAUUCUUUCACAAACCUUGAAAAACUAUUUAUUAUUCCGCCCGUAAAAUUAAAUAGAGAGCAUAUUUUACAAUUAGAAAAACAUCCCAAAUUAAAAGAGGUUAUACUUAUGGGUAAAUGUACUGAUGAAGCAGAAUAUUAUAUUGAGAAAGACAGAGAAAUGAAUCAUUCGCGCAUGUUCAUCAAAGUAAUUAUACAUGGAUAUAAGUUUAGUAAUAGUUGGUGA